UUGCAGGAUGGAGAGCCAUCGUUAUCGUCUAUUAGUGUUGACGCUGCUGAUGAUAACGUUGAUGUCGAUGCGAACAGUAAAAGCGAAGAGAAGAAUUUCCUUGAACCACUGACUGAUUUGGAACUUUGUGCUGCAAAAUCGCAUCUUGAAUUUUCGUUCGAGGACAUCAAGAACAAAGAUAGUACGAUACGCUUCGGCACCGGCACAACGAUGAGGGAUCGACCUUGUCGAUCGCCCAUGCAGUGCCGCGAUUACAGCUUCCAGUGA